CAGGGCUAUAUAACAGCUGGUUCGCUGAAUAGAUGCCCCAGUUGCGUCUGGAAAUCGAAAAUAAACUAUAAAGGGAAGGAAUCUUUGAAAGAUGGUGCUCACAAGAGAGGCAGUUUUUGCUUGGCUUCUAUACCUGGUGUUGUUAUUUUGUGAUGCCAACGGGAAUGUGAUUCAUCGUACAACCUUGUCUCCUGGUCAAAAUGGUAGAACCGUGUCUCCUGCUCAAAAUGGUACAACCUUGUCUCCUGAUCAAAAAAACUGGAAUUUGUUAGCACGACAUAUGCAGGGAAAUAUCACAGAAAGAACUUCAAAUCGGAAGCUUAAUGUCUUUUCUAAGAUACUUCUGGCAAAUAUUAAAGCGCGAAGUAAGGUCGGCAGAACGGAUGAUAAUGUAUUUCUCUACCAAGGCGAUAUAAAAAUAUCUCCCGCAGAUAUGAGAAGGCUUACAGCUCGUAACGGAAAUAAAGGACGCACAAAACGAGCUCUCGCGAGUGACAGGACACUCUUGUGGCAGUCACCGAUUUAUUAUGACUUUCAUCCUGAUCUCAACAGCGAUGCCAGACAAGCAAUUGCAAGUGCAAUAACGGAAUGGGAAAGUGUUCUACCGUGCAUACAAUGGGUUAGGGGAAAGACAUACACAAGUCAUCAAGGAUAUCUUUACUUCAUAGAAGGGGAUGGUUGCUAUUCCUACGAGGGUAUAAGUGGCGAAAACGAGCAAGAAAUAUCAAUAGGAAUUGGCUGUGAAGAUCAUGGAACUGCAGUACAUGAAAUUGCUCAUGCAUUGGGUAUUGGGCAUGAACAAUCGAGACCUGAUCGAGACCAGUAUGUUCAAAUCCAAUGGGAUAAUAUUAUACCUUCGUUUAAGUUUAACUUCGAGAAGUCGGAUCAAUCAGACGUCGACAGUCUUGGCCAGCCAUACGACUUUGAUAGUGUGAUGCAUUAUGGACCAUAUGAUUUCACGAAGCAAGAUGGGCUUAAAACAAUUGUAAGUCUGGUACCUGGGAAAGUAUUUGGUGAUAAACCCAAUCUAAGCGCAAAUGAUGUCGUACAAGCUCGCUUGUUAUACAAUUGCACAACAGGAACAUCAGUUACACCACCUCUACCCACAACUACAUCUCCUGGUGGUUCUGGAUCUGGUGUUGGUCCUUCAGGUUAAAGAAUUAGCAAGUCAAGUCGCUGCAGCCAUGCACGGUUACUGGGAGUAGGGGACAUGUUCACUAAAUAUCAAUACCUUUGACUAUGAUUAAUACAGUAUUAGGAAACAACAUUAAUUGGGUGUUUCGUGCUUUGUAUAUUAGUUUGCCGAUCAAGUUAAUCUUAAAUAUACUGAUUUAAGUGUUUAUUAAAAUAUGAACUAUACCUUUUA